ACAUGAGACUUCUGUCAGGUGCUUCAAGAGCUUCAGAUUUACAUGAUAACUGCAUGAAAAUGCUCAUAAUUAAGCUGCAUAAUCAGCCCAAAGAGAUGCGUCUGUUUGCUGAGUGACUUGAGCAUUAGCUUUGAAUCCGUCUGAUUAAGGAGCAGGUGCAAAUUGACUGAAACGGCUCUGAUUUCCUCUCAGGGGUGAUGUAAGGCAUGAAGAGCCCGCUUGAACGCGAGUAACCCCGGCUGUUUUACCGAAAAUAACCCGGGCACUGCAGCAUCAGCACCAGGCAGCUGCGCAGGUGCGGCCUUUAAAGGGACAGAGGGACUUCUUCCAGUUUCACCAAAUCCUUCCACUGUUUACCUCAGCAGCAGAUCAAUAACAAGCUGAAAAGAAUUUAUUAAAGUCACAACAUUACACUCCCCAGUUGAUGUAAACACAAAACAGGGAGGCUUGGGAUAAAUUCACGAUUGUCAUUAUGAUUUUUUUAGUGCAAUCUAUUAAAAAAUCCUCACUAGAUUCUGAGAUACAAAUCAAAGCUCACUUUAUGUUGUAUUUUCCUCCUAAAUUGAAGUUGGACUAAAAAAAAAUAAAAAAAACAGACUCUCCUCCAGCAGCAUCCUGCCAGCAACGCCCUGCAUCCCAGACUCUCCGCGCGCGCCUCGCGGACGCACAAGCGGGGGGGAACGAGGAGAACAGCAGCUGCUUCAUCGAUGCUGCUGAAGCUUCUGCAGCGCUGCUGCCUUCCAGUGAUGCAAACCGUGAGGGGAUGAAGCUGCUGCCAUCGUCGCCGCUGCGGGACAUGUUCGUGAAUCGGAAGGAUUCCUCCUGACGCACGGAUUUUAGGACUCGAGGAUCGACAUGACACGCAUCGAGCUCCUCCGGUGAUUCUGCGGGAUAGUUUGAGGCCGGACGGACAUGACUGUGAUCUCAGGGGUUGCUGUGGAUGCGGGAUGAUGAGCACCGCACCCCAAAAGAGAUUUCUGAGGAGAGCUUAUUUUGGUUCUUUGGUUUGCCUUUUGGGUUUGUUGCUGGACUCUGACGCACCGUGAGCUUUUUUGAUUAUUUUUGUGUUUUCUUGGUUUGUUUUUUCUUUCUUUCUGGUUGAGACUUUGUGGCAGACCCAAUGUGGACUCUUCUGUCUGGAAGGAUCAACUAAGCUCUGUUGCACUGAGAGGAAAAACCAGGUUAGAGCCGCUCACCUGGUCAUUUAAACACACAAAAAUAGCCUUUCAGCAUGGCAGAGAAAACACUUGAGCCGGGCUCAGUCAGCAUCCCCAUGGAGGAGACCAAACUCCCUGGUGGAGCCCCCCAAGAGGCACCUCUGCUGACCCACCUGAAGAAGGUGGAGAACCACAUCACGGAGGCCCAGCGCUUCACCCACCUCCCACGCCGCUCCGCUGUGGACUUGGAGUUCAACGAGCUCUCCUACACCAUCCGAGAGGGUCCCUGGUGGAGGAGGAGAGGUUACAAGGCUCUCCUCAAGUGUCUGUCAGGACGGUUCUGCAACAAGGAGCUGAUUGGCAUCAUGGGGCCCUCUGGAGCCGGAAAGUCCACUUUAAUGAAUAUUUUAGCAGGAUACAGGGAAACGGGCAUGAAGGGCACGAUCCUGGUGAACGGUCGUCCACGGGACCUUCGGACCUUCAGGAAGAUGUCUUGCUACAUCAUGCAGGACGAUAUGCUGCUGCCUCACCUCACAGUGAGGGAAGCCAUGAUGGUUUCGGCCAACCUAAAGCUGAAUGAGAGCAUGCAGGUCAAGAAAGAACUUGUGGAUGAGAUCCUAACAGCUCUUGGUCUUCAAGAAUGUGCUCAAACACGCACCAACUGCCUCUCUGGGGGUCAGUGUAAGAGGCUCGCCAUCGCCUUGGAGCUGGUCAACAAUCCGCCGGUCAUGUUCUUUGAUGAGCCCACCAGUGGUCUGGACAGUGCAUCAUGCUUUCAAGUGGUUUCUCUCAUGAAGUCUCUGGCUCAGGGUGGACGGACAAUCAUCUGCACCAUUCAUCAGCCCAGCGCCAAGCUCUUUGAGAUGUUUGAUAAGCUCUACAUCCUCAGUCAGGGUCAGUGCAUAUACAAGGGCACAGUCCCGUACCUCAUUCCAUAUUUGAAGAACCUGGGUCUUCACUGCCCCACAUAUCACAACCCUGCAGAUUUCAUCAUUGAGGUGGCGUCGGGAGAGUACGGCGAUCUGAACCCAGUGCUGUUUGAGGCGGUCCAGGGAGGCCUGUGCUCAGAGGAGGGCAAAAAGAACUCGAAAGACAAAAGCGACUCCUCCUGUCCCUCCCAGUGUCACAGUGACACAGGAACCCUGGAGAAGCAUAGCUUUGCCACCAGUACAUUCACACAAUUCUGCAUCCUCUUCAAAAGAACCUUUAUUACAAUAUGCAGGGACACGGUGCUGACCCACCUCAGGGUGAUGUCCCAUCUGUCCAUCGGAGUUCUCAUCGGCCUCCUCUAUCUGAAAAUCGGGAAUGACGCCAGCAAGGUUUUCAACAACACAGGCUUCCUCUUCUUCUCCAUGCUGUUCCUCAUGUUUGCCGCCCUGAUGCCCACAGUGCUAACCUUCCCUCUGGAGAUGUCUGUGUUUGUGAGGGAACAUCUCAACUACUGGUACAGCUUAAAGGCCUACUACCUAGCCAAAACCAUGGCUGACAUACCAUUUCAGGUGAUUUGUCCAAUCAUGUACUGUAGCAUAGUGUAUUGGAUGACUGAACAGCCUCCAGAGGCCGGCCGCUACCUGCUCUUUAUGGCCUUGUCGACAUCUACAGCUCUUGUAGCCCAGUCCCUGGGGCUGCUCAUUGGAGCUGCAUCCACAUCCCUGCAGGUAGCAACGUUUGUGGGUCCAGUCACAGCCAUACCUGUCCUCCUUUUUUCUGGCUUCUUUGUUAAUUUUGACACAAUCCCAAAAUACCUCCAGUGGAGCUCCUACGUCUCUUAUGUCAGGUAUGGCUUUGAAGGGGUGAUACUCUCCAUCUACGGGAUGAACCGGUCCGAGUUGGAGUGUCCGGAUGUAGUGUGUAAAUUUCAGAAACCAGAGGAGGUCCUCCAGCUGCUGGAUGUGGAGGAUGCAAAGCUUUAUGUGGACUUCAUGGUGUUGGGGGUUUUCUUUCUUAUCCUCAGAUUGGCCACCUAUCUGGUUCUGCGCUAUAAGGUCAAAUCGGAGCGCUAAGGCAUCCAGAACCACGAAUAAUUAGGAUGGUCUCAGCAAAAGUGAGAAAACAUAUCCUUAUCUCUCCCUCCACAUUACAUACACAUAAAAAGAUGGACACAAAUCCAGUGUAUACAAUCAUCGGAAGUGCAGCCGCAGCGUUACUCUGGUGCAGGCUGCAGAUUGAGAGGGGUCUGAGACUAUAUUUGUCAGCUCACUAUAACCUUUCCAAAAUGAAGUCUAAAUCAGGGCUUCCUCUCAAGAAAAAGCAGAAUAUCCAACAAAGUAUUUAAUAGCAUGUUUUACCAAACAAACACAUUUGAAUUUGUCAUAAAUGUCAUAAAAAAAACAAGAUUAUUGGAACCCGAAGAAACCCGGUGACUGGUCUGUGUAGUGUCUGAAGAGCCAUCAAGAUAACCCAGGUGGAUCUGGUCUUGUUAACAUCUUAACUGCGGAAACUGUCCAUGCCUAAAACCUUCAGACAUCUGUGUCGAGAGGCUGAACGUACAAGCUCAUCUUUGCAGAGUUUGACCCAAACAAACCAACUGCCAGUGGACGACUUUUUCUUCUUUCCCAGCGUGGAUCGUUUUCACAGACCUUCUGUCUUCAGACUGACGGUGGCAGAACACUCAAACUUGGAUGAAGUGCUUGCAAAAAUGUUCCGCAGGGUGUCUUUAAGUGAUGACUGACUCCAUACUCGAUUAUUAAAGUGACAUCAUCUUUGCUUCUGCCAUACUCGAGGAAGCACCCGGGCAAAAGGGAAAUGUGAAGUCUACUUUUCCAGCCUGAUGAGGAGAGGGAGACAAAGAUCACAGACAGAAACUGUGUUUUAGUCAAAGUGCAAUAGCUUAUGCAGUGGAUGAAAAAAAUGAAGAUCAGUGUUGCUGUUUUGACACUAUAUUCCUGCGAAAUGCUUAAUUCCCCUCGUCGAAUGACCCUGUCGCCGUCUCCUCUGGGAGAUGCUGUCUCCCCUGUUCUCCUCUUUCUCUGUGCUUGCUGAUGUCUGACAGAUGUGUUUUGUUCCGAAACAAUGCUAGAUACUUGAAAUGUUGGCUGGGCGGUUUCUGUGCCUCUGAACUGGAAUGAUUUGAGUUUCUUCUGCUUUACUGUUUGCACAUACACCUUAUGUCUACAAUAUGCUGGUCCUCUCUUUCACACACACAUGCACACACACACACUCACUUUUGCAAUGUUUAGAAAAGCCUCUCCUAGUCACAUGGCAAUGCAAAUAUUUUCCAAUAGACUUGCUAUGAAAUAUUUCUUACUGAAACUAUGCUACUUAGUAAUCCUUAUUAUAACGCGUAACAUAACGUGAGUAUAUAAUCAAUGAUUGUAUAGUGAGUAUGUCAUGCUGUUAACAGAUGUACAUGUGCACUUUUGAAGUGUAUGUUCAUUGAUUUUGAUUAUUUCUAUUUGAUUUUAUUUUUAUAUAUCUAACGAGAGCGCUUGGAGGUAUAGAGGGCAGAAGUGAAUGUUGCAUGCUCUCUGCAGAAAGGAAAUAUUUAAGAUAUUUGGAGAACGGCAUGAUGAUUCUCCUAACCUCAAUAUAUGUAUCAUGACUGGUUGAGGAGAAGCAAAUCUGUUGCUUUCUGCUGAACACGUUCAGUGUCUGGAUUAAAAAAAAAAAAGAAAAAGGAUCAGGGGAGCAUUAAAAAGGACAUAAACCAAAUGUAGCUGAUUGUCAGAGUCUCUGAAAAACAGCUGGAUCAGAAAAGAGAUUUUUCCUUUGUGAUUCUGUGUUUGCCUGCAGCAGCAGGAAUCUUUCUGUCAUAACAGCAAUAGUCAACAUUGGGAUGUUUCUGGUAUAACACUUCCUCCGCUGUUGCUUUAGUCACUUUAGAAGUCUUAACUUCCUUCGUUUAAAUGUGCAAUAACCAUCCAAAGGUAUUUAAACUCUAUGAAUGAAAAAGGGAACUGUGACACUUCCAUCAUAAGCUUUGUUUACGUUGCUUUAUUUAUUUUUUGGUUGUUUUUGUUUUUUUAGAGAAAGCAAAGUGGCGUGAUGCAUUUUAGAUGGAUGCUGGUGAGUCAGAGCCUCUGAGCACAUGUUUCCAUUUUAAUGCUAGAUCUAACCAAGAUAAUUGGCUUUUAUGUGAUGACGUAAAGGUUUCCUGGCAUCACAUUAGAAAUAUGUUUGGUCUAUUUCCAAAAAAACUUUGGUUUGCUUGAAGACGGGAUAUGAACUUCAAUGUGGGGGGAAAAAAGUGACCAUAGAAAAAAAGAAAUACAUUCGACUUUUAAAUGCAGCAGCAAAAUAAACUGAAUGUGGGUAACCUGUAUUACCAAAGAAAAAAUAUCUGCAUUUUUCACUGUAAGAUAAAUAUCCAACGUGGUCUUGUAUUUUUAAAACAUUAAAAAAGCUUAAUAGAUACAAUCUGACAACUCAGAUGUGAAAUACUUGUACCAAAUAUGACAUGUGUGCUUAAAAAUGAUGGUACUUGAAUGCUGCUGCUGAGCUUAGAAUGUAUUUUUUAAAAAUCAUUUUAUUUAUCAUUUGUCAAGUCCACUCUAUAAUGCAUGGAAGGUAAUAAUAUACCACCUAACCCUUCAGAGAGUUUUGACAAAUAUUGAUGGAAAUUAAACAUAUUUUUUAAUGCAUUUCUUUCUUUUUUCUUUUUUUCUAUCAUUUACAUGUGAAUUUACUGUUUGUCAGCUAAGAAAAUGCAAGUUCUGUAUAACGAACGCUGUUCUGAGGAUUAUAAUAAAGAUGAUUUAUAACCUUU